CAACGAUCUUGUGACAAAUCAUGAGACUCGCGAGAUCCAUGAGAGCCCCAUGUUUGGCCUUGCUGUCUCCUGCAUUGGCUGCAUCUGUGCUGGACUGUGGCGCUUUGCGUGUCCAUCAGUUGCAGCUGGGAAACAUGCAAAACUAUCAGUAUGUGCUGGACAAUGGUGAAGUUGCCAUCACGGUGGAUGCAGCCUGGGACAUUGGGAAGAUCCGAAGAUACAUCGAGAAGAUGGACCUUAGGUUGAUUGGUGGCCUUUACACUCAUGGCCACUUUGACCACAUCGGUGGAGCUUUUCCAGGAUCCAGUGGACCUCCUGUUCAAGGCGCUGCACAACUUCAGGACCUUCCUCUUUACCUGGGAACCAAUGAUAUCGAAGCGGCUACGCUACAAACCAAGCUGGAUGCAUCAAGGUGGCACCCAUUGAAAGAAGGUGACACGCUCCCACUACUUGGCGAUAGAGUUCAGAUUUGGGUGCUCGACACGCCCGGCCACACUUUAGGAGGUGUCACCUUUUGGGUGCAGGGAGAUCUUGAAGAUGCAUGUGGGGAAGGCUUGCUUUUGACGGGUGACACACUCUUCUUGACGAAUGUGGGGCGCACUGACUUGCCUGGAGUCUUGGUGUGAAUCUAAUCCGUGGAGUCUUGGUGGAGACCUUGAACUCUUUCAGACGACAUAGCCGCAGAAUAAAUCUCCAGCUGGCCGGCAAGUUCACACUUCAAACAAACAAGCAAAGACCUUGAUGAGUUGAACACACAAGGCUUUGGUGUUCUGAAAGCAUCUGAAAGCUGGGAAUUCUCCAUGAAGUUCUUCCGUCUUGCAACGCACGCACUGUCUCGGCCAUCUCCGUACUUUGCAGCCAACUGCCAUUGAAUGCUGACAACUCUAAAACUAACACAUACACAUGUGUGUACUUAUCAUAAACGGAUCUGUAUACGUGACAAUAUCCUCUCAAUGACAACUGUUGUAGGAAGCAUGACAGGUUGUGCCAGGAGGAUCACCACAUUUACAUGGGGAUGAGGAUUAUUUGGAUAUUCUUUUGCUUUUGCUUCAAGAGCCUCUUGUCCUUCGCCAGAUUCUCCCCCAGGUGGUGACAUGAGGACUCUGGAACGCAGCCUGGCGCGCCUGAGUGGGGCGGCGGACCGUGCCCAAAUCCUGCCUGGGCAUAGCUAUGAUGCGCCGCCCAAGCGACAAGAUUUGGCAGUUGUGCGCAAGACCAAUGCUGCAAUGAAAGCUGCUGUGGCGAGGUAUUCCUCUGGCCUUUCACCAUUGCCCUGGCUACGCUCCAAAGACGAGCUCUGAAAAAGCUGCUCAUUGAAACAAUGGCGAACUGCACUGUUCAUCCCUGUUAAUUUUGCCCCAAACUUUCCGAUAGGCUGGGCAUCAAUAUUGUGGACACAUUGGCUGCGCAUUUUUUUGCCAGACAAAACAAUCACAGAAACCUUUGCUGGUGUGCAGAAGGACAGGUUUUUUAACGCAAUCGUCCAGAGAAAUCCAGAGACAGCUGAGAUUCUGUGGUGUGUUUGCAACUGCAAGACCAUGUUUGCCACCCCAGUGCGCGUGCACUACUGUAAUACUUACCGCAAAAGAUUGUGAAGGUACAAACGUCAUAUACAUGC